UCGACAAGUUGAGCUUCCCGUCAUUUCGAAACCUUGUUCAUCUCAAUCUCAGUGGCAACACUCUCACUGGAACCAUCCCAACACAUAUUGGCACUCUUCACAAACUCAUGUCCCUCGAUCUGUCUGCAAAUAAAAUAAGUGGAUCAAUACCCGUGGAAAUAGGGAAUCUUGUGAAUUUGAAUGAGCUAGUCUUGUCCAUUAACCAUCUAGAUGGUUCCAUCCCUUCCACUUUAGGGAACUUGUCCAUGCUUACAAUUUUGUAUUUAUUCAAAAAUCAGAUUUCAGGUAGAAUUCCUGCAGAACUAGGGAAUCUCAAGAGUUUAGUUGAGACAUCUUUGCGCAGUAACAAUCUAAGUGGUCCAAUCCCUCCUGCUUUAGGUAAUUUAACAAACCUUAGACUAUUGUUCCUCUACAGCAAUCAAAUUUCUGGUUCAAUUCCUCCACAAUUUGGGAAUUUAAUGAAUCUCAACAAUCUUGAUCUGUCCAAUAACAGUCUAACAGGUUCUAUCCCUUCCACUUUAGGGAACUUGACAAAGCUGACAGUCCUCUACCUCUUUCAAAAUCAAAUUUCUGGUUCUAUUCCUCUAAAACUUGGGAAUUUAAUGAGUCUCAAUAAGCUAACAUUAGACCGAAACAAUCUAACUGGUCCAAUCCCUCCUGCUUUGGGUAAUUUGAGAAACCUUACAAUUUUGUAUCUCUACAGCAACCAAAUUUCUGGUUCAAUACCUCCACAAUUUGGGAAUUUAAUGAAUCUCAAGAAUCUUGAUCUGUCUGAUAACAUUCUAACAGGUUCUAUCCCUUCCACUUUAGGGAACUUGACAAAGCUGACAGUCCUCCACCUCUUUCAAAAUCAAAUUUCUGGUUCAGUUCCAACAGAACUCGGGAAUUUAAUGAAUCUAAAUAAGCUAUCAUUGUAUAAUAACAGUCUGAGUGGUUCGAUCCCUCCUGCUUUGGGUAAUUUGUCCAUGCUCACAAUUUUGUAUUUAUCCAAAAAUCAGUUUUCAGGCACAAUUCCUGCAGAAUUAGGGAAUCUCAAGAAUUUGGUUGAGCUGACGUUGUACCGAAACAAUCUGACUGGUCCCAUCCCUCCUGCUUUGGGGAACUUGUCCAUGCUCACAAUUUUGUAUUUAUACACAAAUCAGAUUUCAGGUACAAUUCCUGCAGAAUUAGGGAAUCUCAAGAAUUUAAUUAAGUUGAUGUUGUACCAAAACAAUCUGACUGGUCGGAUCCCUCCUGCUUUGGGUAAUUUGAGAAACCUUACAAUGUUGUUCCUCUACAGCAAUCAAAUUUCUGGUUCAAUUCCUCCACAAUUUGGAAAUUUAAUGAAUCUCGACAAUCUUGAUCUGUCCAAUAACAGUCUAACAGGUUCUAUCCCUUCCACUUUAGGGAACUUGACAAAGCUGACAGUCCUCUACCUCUUUCAAAAUCUAAUUUCUGGUUCUAUUCCUUCAGAACUUGGGAAUUUAAUGAGUCUCAAUAAGCUAUUAUUGUAUAAUAACAAUCUGAGUGGUUCGAUCCCUCUGGCUUUGGGUAAUUUGUCCAUGCUCACAAUUUUGUAUUUAUCCAAAAAUCAGUUUUCAGGCACAAUUCCUGCAGAAUUAGGGAAUCUCAAGAAUUUGGUUGAGCUGACGUUGUACCAAAACAAUCUGACUGGUCGGAUCCCUCCUGCUUUGGGUAAUUUGAGAAACCUUACAAUGUUGUUCCUCUACAGCAAUCAAAUUUCUGGUUCAAUUCCUCCACAAUUUGGAAAUUUAAUGAAUCUUGACAAUCUUGAUCUGUCCAAUAACAGUCUAACAGGUUCUAUCCCUUCCACUUUAGGGAACUUGACAAAGCUGACAGUCCUCUACCUCUUUCAAAAUCUAAUUUCUGGUUCUAUUCCUCCAGAACUUGGGAAUUUAAUGAGUCUCAAUAAGCUAUUAUUGUAUAAUAACAAUCUGAGUGGUUCGAUCCCUCCUGCUUUAGGUAAUUUGUCCAUGCUCACAAUUUUGUAUUUAUCCAAAAAUCAGUUUUCAGGCACAAUUCCAGCAGAAUUAGGGAAUCUCAAGAAUUUGGUUGAGCUGACGUUGUACCAAAACAAUCUGACUGGUCGGAUCCCUCCUGCUUUGGGUAAUUUGAGGAACCUUACAAUUUUGUAUCUCCACAGCAACCAAAUUUCUGGUUCAAUUCCUCCACAAUUUGGGAAUUUAAUGAAUCUCGACGUUCUUGAUCUGUCCAAUAACAGUCUAACAGGUUCUAUCCCUUCCACUUUAGGGAACUUAACAAAGCUGACAGUCCUCAAGCUCAUUAAAAAUCAAAUUUAUGGUUCAGUUCCACUAGAAAUAGGGAAUUUAAUGAAUCUCAAGGGGAUUGACAUGUCCUUUAACCCUCUAAUAGGUUCUAUCCCUCCUACUUUUGGAAACUUGACCAAGCUGACUUUUUUGUCCCUUAUUUACUGUCAAUUAUCUGGUUCCUUGCCUCAAGAAAUGACAAACAUGACAAGUCUUUCUGAACUCUACCUGGGUGACAACAACUUCUCUGGAUACUUGCCUCAGUUAUGCCAUGGUGGAUCUCUUCAAAAAUUCACUGUCCCAAACAACCAUUUCACUGGUGAGAUCCCAAGGAGCUUCAGAAACUGCACCAGCUUAACAAGAGUUCUACUCAAUGGAAACCGACUCACUGCAGAUGUAUCGAAAGCCUUUGGUGUAUACCCGCAUCUCACAUACAUGGACGUCAGUGACAACAUGCUGUUUGGUGAACUCUCACCGAACUGGGGAGAAUGCCAAAACCUGAUGAAGCUCCAAUUCUCCAGGAACAUGAUCACCGGUAGAAUUCCUCAAGAGAUUGGGCAGUUGACACAGCUAGGUGUGCUUGGUCUUUCUUCAAACUAUCUAGUAGGAGAGAUUCCAAAGGAAUUUGGGAGGCUGACUUCUUUGUUCAACUUGACUUUAAAUGAUAACCAGCUUUCUGGUCAGUUACCCCAAGAGAUUGGAAACCUAUCCAAUUUGGAGGUUCUUGACUUGUCAAUGAAUCACCUAAGUGGUCCAAUACCACCUCAAUUAGGGGAUUGCUCUAAACUCCAGUAUCUCAAAUUGAGCCAAAAUGUUUUGAAUGGAAGCAUUCCUUUUCAGAUCGGUAACCUAGUAUACCUACAGGGCUUACUAGAUCUAAGUCAUAACUCCCUCAAUAGAGAGAUAUCACCACAACUCGCAAAAUUGGUUAGGCUGGAAAAGUUAAAUCUCUCCCGCAACAUGCUGUCAGGAUCCAUUCCGCCUUCUUUUCAAGAGAUGGUUAGCUUGCAAUCCAUUGAUUUUUCAUACAAUGCUUUGGAAGGUCCGCUUCCUAAAAGCAAAAGCUUUCAAAAGGCUCCUGCAGAGGCAUUCAUAAAUAACAAGGGCUUAUGUGGUGAAGUGCAAGGUUUGAGACCUUGCAAUACCUCUUCAAUCAGUCAUGGCGAUGUGAGGAAAGGCCAUAGAGUUGUGGUCCUCAUUAUUCUUCCUCUCUUGGUGGCGUUGUUUUUGUUAUUUGUAAUCCUUGGCAUUUCUUCCAUUUAUUACCAAAGAAGAAAAAAUAUAGAGAAAGGAGUUCUUGAGAGGAGCACUAGAAAUCCAUUUUCAAUAUGGAAUUAUAAUGGAAAUGUUGUGUUUGAAGACAUUGUGGAGGCAACAGAGGGUUUUGAUGACAAAUACUGCAUUGGAACUGGAGGGUAUGGAAAAGUUUACAGAGCAAAUCUACCGACGGGCCAAGCAUUAGCUGUGAAGAAACUUCGCCAGCUAGAAGGUGGUGAUCAUUCUGAUCAAAGAAGUUUUAGAAAUGAGAUAAGUGCAUUAACUGAAAUCCGUCAUCGCAACAUUGUGAAGCUUUAUGGUUUUUGCUCACACGCUCGAUGCUCAUUUCUAGUCUAUGAGUACAUGGAAAAGGGAAGCUUGGCAAGCAUCCUAAGUAAUGAUGAACGAGCUGCACAAUUAGACUGGACUCUGAGGGUGAAGAUUAUUAAAGGUGUAGCCUAUGCUUUAUCUUAUAUGCACCAUGAUUGCACCCUGCCAAUUGUCCAUCGAGACCUAUCAAGCAAAAAUGUUCUGUUGAAUUCAGAACUUGAGGCUAGUGUCUCUGAUUUCGGCACUGCGCGAUUGCUGAUACCGGAUUCGUCCAAUUGGACCACGCUCGUAGGCACAUAUGGAUACAUUGCUCCAGAGCUUGCAUAUACAAUGAGGGUGACUGAAAAAUGCGACGUAUAUAGCUUUGGUGUUGUGGCACUUGAAGUGAUGAUGGGAAGGCAUCCUGGGGAGCUCAUCUCCUCUUUGUCAUCACCAAAUAGAGAUGAUACACUGCUAAAGGAUAUGCUGGACCAACGUCUCUCUGAUCCUACGGUGGAGGUUGCACAGGAGGUCAUAUUUGCUGUGUCAAUGGCACUUGCAUGCAUUCGGCCAGAUCCAAACUCUCGGCCAACCAUGCACCAUGUGGCUCAGGAGCUAUCUGUUGGUGGGCCUUCUUUCUCUCUGGAGUCAUUUCAUGCACUUACAUUAUGUCAACUGAUGAAUCUCAAGAUAUAAUCGGGUGUGUGAAAAUUAUUGAGGUUGUGGGCGUGUAAUGGUCAGAACAUUAUUACUGUGUGUCUAUUGUAUGAAAAUAAUCAAG